AAAUUACUGCCCCACCCCUCCAGAGUCCAGACUAGAGCAGAUAAACCUUAAAAUUGUUUCUGGGUUUUCUUUGUUUUUUUGCCUGCAAAAGAAAUCUUGAAACUUUGCAUAUAUGGUAGUACAAAAGCUCUGAAAAAAGGGUGUUCUAAUUAUUAGGCCAUAUCUCAGCUUUGAGGUGAUAUUUCAGGUGUGGAAAAAGCCAACUAAAAGGAGAGAAAAUCAAGUAAACAUGGCUAACAACCGCCAAAGUGCUCACCAAUUGGACUACAUGGAGGAGGAUGGGGAGGAUGAAGCAGAUUCCGUGGCUGAAAUGCAAGGGGAAGCCCAAAAUGAUGAUACACAAGAUGUAAACCUUGAUGAAUAUGAUAUGCUUACAAAAGUUACUGAUACCUCGGCUUCACAAGCGAGGAAUGGGAAGGAUAUACAGGGAAUUCCUUGGGAUAGGUUAAAUAUUACAAGAGAGGAUUAUAGAAGGACAAGGAUUCUGCAGUAUCAGAAUUAUGAAAAUGUGCCUGCAUCUGGUGAAACUGUUGAUAAGCAAUGCACGCCAAUUGAGAAAGGUGGUGAGUACUAUGAGUUUUUCUACAACACAAGAUUGGUGAAGCCUACCAUCCUUCAUUUUCAGCUCAGAAACCUGGUGUGGGCUACUUCUAAACAUGAUGUGUAUCUCAUAUCUAAUUACUCCAUCUUGCACUGGUCAGCUCUGCUUCACAGAUUGUCCGAAGUCCUCAACUUUUCUGGACAUGUAGUACCCACAGAGAAGCAUCCUGGCAAUUUGUUAGAAGGUUUCACCCAAACCCAGAUUAGUACCAUGGCAGUGAAGGACAGUUUUAUGGUUGCAGGGGGCUUCCAAGGAGAAAUUGUUUGUAAGCGCCUGAAUAAACCAGGGGUAAGCUUUUGUGCAAGGACCACAUACGAGGAUAAUGCCAUUACCAAUGCCGUUGAGAUCUAUGAGAGCAUAAGUGGCGGGCUCAAUUUCAUGGCUUCCAACAAUGAUUGUGGGAUAAGAGAGUACAACGUGGAGAAAUAUGAGCUCAUUAAUCAAUUCCAAUUCUCCUGGCCAGUGAAUCAUACUUCAGUGAGUCCAGAUCGCAGACUUUUGGCUGUUGUUGGAGAUGAUCUUGAGGGCUUGCUCGUGGAUGCCCACAAUGGAAAGACUGUGGCCUCAGUUGUUGGUCAUAAAGACUACUCCUUUGCCACUGCGUGGCACCCCGAAGGGCAUAUAUUUGCCACAGGGAAUCAGGACAAAACGUGCCGAGUAUGGGAUGUAAGAGACCUAUCAAAGUCGUUGGCAGUUUUGAAGGGAAAUAUGGGGGCGGUCCGAUCACUCCGGUUCUCGUCAGACGGGCAAUUUCUGGUGGUGGCUGAACCUGCAGAUUUUGUUCACGUUUAUGAUACAAAGGCAAAUUACAGCAAACAACAAGAGAUAGACUUCUUUGGCGAGAUUUCUGGGGUAUCUUUAAGUCCAGAUGACGAGUCUCUUUUCAUUGGAGUCUGGGACAGGACAUAUGCAAGCUUGCUGCAAUACAACAGAAGGCAUAGAUAUGGUUAUCUUGAUUCCUUCAUGUGAUCUCUUAUAAAUUUUACUUUACAUAAAUGUUUUUGGGAUCUUUUCUUUUGAUCA